AUGGAGCCAAUGUCCAACAAGCAGGAUAGCAACUCGUCAGAGGGGGACGAAAAAGGGUGGCCAGAUGUGCCGAAGAGAAAGAGGAAGAACAGCCAGUGUUCGGUGAAGAGUAUGUCUGCUCUUAGCAUCUCUGUUCCAGGGUACAUCCCCAGCUACUUGGAGAAGGAUGAGCCAUGCGUGGUGUGCGGGGACAAGGCAACUGGCUACCACUACCGCUGCAUCACCUGCGAGGGUUGUAAGGGUUUCUUCCGGAGGACCAUCCAGAAAAACCUCCAUCCAUCUUACUCCUGUAAAUAUGAAGGCUGCUGCAUUAUUGACAAGAUCACUCGCAACCAGUGCCAGCUGUGCCGCUUUAAGAAGUGCAUCUCUGUUGGCAUGGCCAUGGACUUGGUGCUGGACGAGUCAAAGCGAGUGGCCAAGCGGCGUCUGAUCGAGGAGAAUCGAGAGCGAAGGAAGAGGGAGGAGAUGGUGCGGACGCUGCAGAUAAGGCCGGAGCCGAACACCGCAGAGUGGGAGCUGAUCAGGAUGGCGACCGAGGCUCACCGGCACACCAACGCCCAGGGCUCCAGCUGGAAACAGAAGCGCAAGUUCCUGCCCGAUGAUAUUGGCCAGGGUCCCAUGGUUCCCACUUCAGACGGCGAUAAGGUGGACCUAGAAGCCUUCAGCGAGUUCACCAAGAUCAUGACCCCCGCCAUAACACGUGUCGUCGACUUUGCCAAGAAACUGCCCAUGUUCUCAGAGCUGCCUUGUGAAGACCAGAUCAUCUUGCUUAAGGGCUGCUGCAUGGAGAUCAUGUCGCUGCGCGCCGCUGUACGCUACGAUCCAGACAGCGAAACGCUGACGCUAAACGGCGAGAUGGCAGUGAAGCGCGAGCAGCUGAAGAACGGCGGGUUGGGCGUGGUGUCGGACGCCAUCUUCGAUUUGGGCAAGAGCCUAGCUCAGUUUAACCUGGAUGACUCAGAGGUGGCGCUGAUGCAGGCCGUGCUGCUCAUGAGCUCAGACCGUUCAGGGCUGACCAGCGUGGAGAAAAUCGAGCAGUGCCAGGAGGCCUACCUGCUGGCGUUCGAGCACUACAUCAACUACCGCAAGCACAACAUUCCCCACUUCUGGCCCAAGCUGCUGAUGAAGGUGACGGACCUGCGCAUGAUCGGGGCUUGCCACGCCAGCCGCUUCCUCCACAUGAAGGUGGAGUGUCCCAACGAACUCUUUCCCCCGCUCUUCCUGGAGGUCUUUGAGGACCAGGAAGUGUGACUUUACGUACGGCAACCCCCCCCCAAGAGAACCCUAGACACAAAAGGCAAGAAACUCGGGGGUUGCUUUGGCAGCAGAGGAGGUGUGUGGGAAGGACAAGUGGAGAGUAAAAAACUGGAUUUUUUUUUUUCGCUCUCCUUCAGUGGAAACGUGCCCAGUAAAUUUUUUUUUUUUUUUUUUUGGUCCCUUUUUUAAUCAAACACCCACAAGACCCACCACCUGCCACCAGCAAAACACACACAUCAACAACACCAGAGAGAAACACACUGACAAUCUGACUCUGGUUUUUUGUCAUUCUGAGAGGUACACACACACACAGACACACACAGAGUACAACUUUGCGAACAUUUAUAGAUAACCACAGAUUUAAAUUCCAGACAUACUGCCAUGAACGUUCAGUAUCUCUAUAUGCAAACACAAAUCUCAUCAGUCAGCUCCUUUUACGCCUGUUUGGACAAACAGCUGUACUCUGUUCCGUCAACUAAUGCAAACUGAUGAGAACGGUUAUGGCUCUGCUCCCUCCACACCCACCUCUCACCUCAGAAAAGUGUAGUGGGUUGUUUUUGUUUUUUUGUUUUUUUCAUUUAAAUCUCUGGGACCUGACCAUUAGCUCCUCACACAGCCCCUACUCCUUCCACACCAGGGUGACCAGAUGUCCCCCCCAAAAAAUUCAGGACAGUCCCGAAUUACAAGCAUUUGUCCCAGAUCCCAAAUCCAGUCCCGUUUGUCCCAAAAAUAAGACUAAACCCAAGUUUUGACUUCCACAAAUUCAUCCUGGGAUAACUGAAAGUCCUGGCUGCAUUGAAAUCCUUCGCCAAAUAAGCCAGCGGUCCUCUGCAGUGCAGUCUUCCUAUGAGGCAGUCUAAGUUAAUUUAACUUCAUUGUUGUUGUAAUGUUACAUCCACAAAGUAACAUGCCUGCGUGCUCGUCUCCCCCUCGAUGAAGAUAGCGGAGAUUGCAGU